AUGCGCCAACGUACUGUUCCCUAGCGACAACUAUCAACAACCAGCAGGAAGUUCAGUUUGGGAAACUCUGAGAAACUGAUUUCAGAAAUAAAGAAAAGUAUCUAUGAAUAAUACUUCUGGAAAUAUACCAUCUGUGAAGACGAGCUGAAAGCCACCAUUAGCUAGCUGCAACAUUUGUCAACUAAUUUGUAACUAACAUCAUUAUGUGGAACAAUUUGAUAUUACCCAAAUUAUCAGAAGCACUUUCCUAUGAAUUUCAAAAUGUUUAUUCAGAGAUUUCUGAUUAUGUAUUCAGUAAGUCACCCAGUGAAGAAAGAGAUUUUGCUGAUGUUACUAUACCUUGUUCAACAUGUGACCAGAAUGUGCCUCCAUACUUGUUAACCCAUCAUAGAUUAAAACAUCAUGCUCUGACAGUGCUGGGUUAUGAGCCACAAGAAAAUCCAAAUAUUGAAUCACUUAUUCAUCACAGAAGGGCAGCAAUUACUGAAUUACUAAAAUCACAAACAUACAGUGAAAAAGAACUGCAAAAAAUUGAUAGUGCAUAUGAACUACUUAGAUUAUGUGGAAUGCCUGAAAGUUACUCACGUGAUGAACAUGAGGCUUCAUUUGCAGAUUCCUUUAAAUAUGCAAAGAAAAUAAUUAAUUCUUUUAUAAAAGCACUUGUUAUUCACCAAGACAAGAAUGUUGGUUGGAAAACUGAAAUGGAAGACGCUUACGUUGUAAUGGAUCCAUUUGGGUUACGAGAGAAUACAAGCUUCGUAGGCUUAUUUGAUGGCUAUCAUGGAAAAUGUGCAGCAGAAACAGUUGCAAAUGAACUUCCAGUUCUUAUUUUACAGGAAAUGUCAAAGAAUGAUCCUUCUUAUAAAAUGACAGAUGAUGAGAGAAGAAUGUUAGCAGGUUUUGAACCAAUCUUUGGUCUUUGGCAUAAAGAUACCAAAGACGAUUUGUCAGGUUUAUUGACAAAUACAGCAGCCAGUGAAAGUUCUCUGGAACUAGUACAUUUAGCACAUGCAAGAGCCUUUUGGAAAAUGGACAGAAUUUUAAAGCUUGGAAGAAAUGAAGUCUCUAGAAUACGAUGGAGCGGCUGUACAGCUCUUACUUGUUUAAUAGAAGGAAACAUCUGCCAAACUGAAGAAAAUCUGAAUAUAAAUGAAUACGAGAGAAGUAAAGUCAAGACUGAAAAUCAGUCUGCACAAAAGGAAACUAAGACUAGUCUUGGGACUUUACACAUUGCUAAUGCUGGUGAUAUUCAUGCAGUUCUCUGCAAAAAUGGAAAGGGGCAUCGUCUUACAAAAGAUCAUAGCUGUUCAAAUCCCAAAGAAAGAGAUCGUGUUCUGCAUACUGGUGGGACUAUAAGUGCCAAUGAGGGACAAGGACUUUUAGAGGGACUUACCAAUGCCACACGUGGACUUGGACAUCAUGGAAAUCCAAAACUGAAAAAAUCUGUCAUAUCUACGCCUUACACUAUAUCUCUUCCAAUAGAUGACUCUUGUCAGUUUCUUAUUUUGGCUUCUAGAGGACUCUGGGAAGUACUUGAUGAAAAUGAAGUUGUUUCUAUUGCAAAGCAGGCUUUAACAUUCUAUUACCAAUACCAUCAAGAGUGGCAGGAAGAACACAGUCAAAUGUCCAAGUCUCCAGUUGACACUCAUAUCUGUCAAAGCAUGUCUUCAACUACAAGUGGUCAUUUAGAAAGUGAAUCUGAUUUUAAAGAACAGAACAGUGAGAAGUCACAACACAAGGAACAGAAUUCACUUCAGAAAAAUGCUGAAAUGAAUGAUAAUCAUGAAACUUAUUUGUCUGAUGUUCAGGAAGACAAGACAGGACAAAGAGAUGAACAAACAGAAGACUUUUAUCAGAAUGUAGCCUUGUCUAUAAGCAAACAACUUGUACACUGUGCACUUUUAGGCGGUUCAAAAGAAAAUGUAAGUGUGCUAGUUGUUUUACUACAGGGUUUUGACAAAGCAGACUAUGGUAUAUACCGAAACACAGCGUGAAAUAUGAUCACUAAUAAUGGUGUAAGAACAAAAAAGGCUAAUAAUGCUUAAAACAGAUGAGCAUGGACAAUAAAAUUCUAAAAAGGUAAAACUGUCAUGCAGUUAUUUAAUCACACACUUCAAAAAGUAUUUCAGUUUCUGUUCGCAUAAAGGUUGUGAACUGUGGAGUCAACCAAAUGUUUUAGCAUAAUGUGAACUGUCAAAACAUGAUAAAAACUAAGGAUACUAUUAUCAGACCUAUUCCUUUUGAGAGGCGAUCAUGUUAACA